CGAAUACCGAAUCGGACAUUCGAGCUUUCAAAGUUUUUGUUAUUAUUAUUAUGAUUAUUGAUCCUGGAUCAUGAACUCCUUUCAACAUAAGAAUGCUAUCUUUAAACGAAUACAUGCCGAUUGUAAAAAUAAAUGUCUGAUUGUCUAUUAUGAUUCGAUUUCGGAACAAAAACAAAUUGUUUCGAAUCAAAAUUGUAAACAAAUUAUUAAAAUCAACAAACCGGCUAAUAAAAAUCUAAACAUUGAAAAAAUUGCACGAAAAAUAAUACGAAAAAGUCAUGUGAUACCACAACUUCAUUACUAUGAAUUAGUUGGUCAACUAAUCGAAUUGGAUAGAAAAUGUUCGAUAUCACCUGUUCCAUAUGAUUCACAUCCAUUAUCAACUUAUAAUUUUCUUAGUUUUAAUCUCCGUUCUGAUGUUAUUGAAAAUUUGGAAUCAACAAUUCCAGCAUCGGCCAUAUCAAUCAAAGAUCUGGAUAGCUAUAUCGAACUUUUAUAUGAAGAACUCGAUGAUAAGAUUAAAGGUGCCUAUCUCAUACUCAAAUCAUUGUCACAGGUCGAUUGUCUUAUUGAAAAUCUUAGUCAAAAUGAUACAUUACUCUGUGCAUUGAGUCGAGUGUUUCGUGAAGAUGGUAAAAAAUCACUUGAACUUUCCAUUUGCAUUGCUUGUAUAUUUGGCCAUUUUAGCAAAUAUUCAGAUUUCCAUUUUGCCAUCACAAAUUACAAAGUUGGCUCCACAUGUUUGGAAUUAAUUUACUAUGAAAUGUUACGGCAAGAAUCAUGGCUAAAAGAAUUGAUAAAGGCACGUGAAAAUUUAGACAAUCAUAAUGAUGAUGGUGAUAAUAAUAAUGAUGACCGUAGCGAAUAUGAACUUCUUUCCUAUUCACAUCAAGCAUUGAUCAAUAAGCAAAACAUAUUUUUCCGUUAUUCAUUGUACAUUUUAUUGAAUAUCAGUGAAGAUUUAAAAUUGGAAUAUAAAAUUCAUCAUAAAGGAAUCGUAUCAAUUUUGGGCAAAUUAUUGGAACGUAAUAAUCAAGAACUACUUUUGAUUGUCGUAUUGUUUUUGAAAAAGCUAUCGGUUUUUGUUGAAGAUAAAAAUCAGAUGAAAGAAUUAUGUAUUUACAAAAGUCUAACGCCAUUACUCUAUCUGGAUAAUGAGUUGCUCAUUGUUAAUACACUUAAAUUAUUAUACAAUCUGAUGAUUGAUAGAGAUAUUCGUGUAUAUUUGUUUCGUGCCGGUAUUGUACCGAAAUUGAUUUCUUUUUUCCUUAAAGACCGUUAUACUUCUGUUAUCGUUUCCAUAUUCUAUCUGAUUAGUUGUGAACAAAAAUUUGUGCCCAUAUUCAAAACGAAUGAACAAAUGAUUGAUUCGUUGGUAGAGAAAAUAUUCACUAAUGUUGAUUAUAAACCGAUCGUUAUUCGAUUGCUAACAAAUCUGGCCAUAAAUGAAGAUAUGGCAGCCAUGAUGAUCAAUAAGAACGGAAAUCGUCUACAUGAACUGAUUGGUUCAGCCAUUGUUGAUAACAAUGUUCAUCUAUUACGAUUAUGUCGAAAUAUUACCUGCCAUUCGAAUGAUGAUUCAACAUUUAAUUCGACCACUGUGAACAGUUUAUUCGAAUCAAUUAAACAAACAAAUGCUUCACCAGAAAUGCAAAUAGAAUGUGCCUCUAUUCUGGCUAAUCUUGCCCCCACCAUCCUGGAUCAUUGGGUUCGUCUGUUUGAAAAAUAUUCAUUCAUCGAUUUCAUACACAAUUAUCGUAUAACGGAUAAGAAAACAAAUCAUUCUGAAGCAUUAAGCUAUCUGUUGAAUAUGAUGGCCAAAGCAUUAUCGAAUGACAGAGAAUUGGCUGAUUAUCUUAUCGAUAAUCAAAUGGUCGAUUAUCUACUCAAUCUGAUAAAUUUGAAUCAAGAAAGUGAUCAAAUAGUUUCGAAUGCAGUUUAUUGCCUAUAUGUAUUGGCCAAACAAUCAGAUGAUCAAAGACGAAAUGAUUUAUGUCAAAAUAAUAAACUUACCGAUUAUUUAAUCGAAUUAAUGUAUGAUAAAAAUUAUCGAAUCAAAACUUUAUGUAAUUUUACAUUGGAUUUAUUGGCUGAUUGUGAUACUCAACAAGCUCAUAGCUUAGCCGACCGGAUAUGUUCAGAAAAAUUCAAUGCUCACAAUAGUAAAUGGUUGAGUAUGGUAAGUGUACGAUCCAAUUCAAGUGAAUCGAAUCAUCUAUUGGAAGAUAUGUUCAUCUAUCCGGAUCUUUUUCUUAAAAUGGACGUCCUAUGUGAUUCGAGUUCAGAAAAUCUUUCGGAUGAAAAUGUCAAUUAAUCAAUCUGGAAGAAUGUAAUAGUAAAAAAUUAUAGUUCAUAGAUGAAACAGAAAAUAAUGAGAUUGUCAAUGAAAUAAUCAUUGGUUUUGAGCUACAAACAAUACAUGGCUGGUUCUAUUUAUAGACACUCAAUUGAUCUAAUGAAACGUUCGUAA